GGUCUUUGCCUUUUUGUAUCACUCACUUCCUCCUGCAGUCCCCAGUGCAACUGUACUUUGAGAGAGUUUCAUUCAGACCACUAUUAAGAAUUAAAACCUCUUUUUGGAUAAUGCACGGUUAAAGAAAGGAUAACAAUGCAGAACAUUAAGUGUGUCGUGGUCGGAGAUGGUGCAGUGGGGAAGACCUGCCUCCUGAUUUCCUUCACCACCAACGCCUUUCCUAAAGAAUACAUUCCCACAGUUUUCGACAACUACAGUGCACAGUUGACUGUGGAAUCUAAACUUAUCAGCUUGAACUUGUGGGACACCGCCGGACAGGAGGAGUAUGACCGUCUGCGCACUCUCUCUUACCCUCAGACCAACGUCUUCGUCAUCUGCUUCUGUGUGACAAGCCACACCUCGUACGAGAACGUCAAGCUAAAGUGGUACCCUGAGGUGUCAGAACAUUGCCCUAAAGUUCCCAUCCUGCUGGUGGGCACUAAAAAGGAUCUUAGAGAUGACCCAGAGGUUCUGAAGAAGCUAAAGGAGAAGAACCUCUCCCCUCUCACCCAGAAACAAGGUGUGGCGUUGGCCCGACAGAUCCAGGCCACUAAAUACCUGGAGUGCUCAGCUCUCAGCCAGGAUGGGGUGAAGGAAGUGUUUACAGAAGCAGUUCGAGCUUUUCUCAACCCGGGUCAAGCAUUCAAGAAAACAUGUGUGCUCCUUUAAAUGUACUGGAACUUGCAUGUGAUGCAUAGUUUGAUUACAUUAUCCAUUGUAAUAAAAGAAAAGUAACUUUUAGUUUACUUUGUUGGAUUUUGUUCUUGGGGAAGGACUUUGUAAAGGAAUAGUUUAAAAUUGAGUCAAUAUGUACUCAACUCCCAUGUCGUUUCAAACCCAUAUGAGUAUAUUUUUUCAGUAAAACACAAAAGGAGAAACUUUUCAGAAUUUUCAUACAGCUCUUUCCAUUCAAUGACUGCCAAGCUCUGUGACUGUGAUUUUGUGUAAACCGUGGUAUAAUGCUUCCUCUACCUAUAAUGCAUUACUAACUAUCUAUCUAUCUAUCUACUGUAUCUGUAAAAUGGGUGACAAAAGAAAAAAGUUUUGAUUCUGUGGUAUUUGUAGUUGCUGAAAUUGAUCAUGUUGACCAUUACAAAACUCUUGAAGUUUCAACUCACAUGCUAGAUUCUAUCUUUGGACAUUUACCACCUCUUGCUUACAGUAAUAAUUAUAUUUCUUAGUUUUUUCUUUGUGACUCAGAUUAUAGUAUAAGGUAACCAAGACUCUAGUAAGUAAAGCUGUAAUUAUUUUACACUAAUAGUCAUUGAUUUACACUAAUAUCAAUUGAUUAAUAUACUGUACUUUGAAGUAAUUGGGUGAAUCUCAUGAAAACAUGCACAUGUCCAAAAUCCAAAGGAGAAAAAAGGUGUUUUUUCCUAUUAUUUUCAAUGGUGAUUUUCAUUAUAUUCCUAUUAUUGUAUUAAAUUAGGCUAUUUUUAAUGUAUUCCAUUGGCCAGGUAACAACAUUUAGAGUAUACAAACAUAAUGUCAUGUAAUGAUAAAAAAAAAAAAGGGUACUGAGUCGAUGCCAUUUCUAUGCCUUUUGGUUAUCUGAGCCAAUUCAAAUGGUCACUUUCUCAUAGGCCAACACUUUCAUAGUAUUAAAUGGUUUCUGUGUGAAAUGCUGACUGUGUACUUUCCUGCACACAUUAAUAAAAAGAAGGAACCGUUCA